AUGCGGACAGUUAGGGUACCGAAAAAGUCGACAGAGCGUAUUCCAGUACUUGAAUCGGUUGUUUUGAGAUCGCUGUUCGAGUUUCGAGGAGCUGUAACGCCAGCUCGGCGCGAGGGGGUCACGCAGCGCUACGAGCACGCGUGCAAGCACCUGAAAGCGUUGCGCGAACGAGUGUCGGUCAUCAGCUCUGCUCCGGACGUUGAACGAGCUGGUGAUGCCGUCCAAGUCAUUCGAGACUACUACCGGGCGUUGCGUUUUCUGGAGACGCGCUUUGUUUUCAGGCGUGCGGUUGCACCUGCGUCAGUGCGGCGAGGUCUACUACAGCGCCAGAACGGUACGAGUACGGGGCAACAGAAGACGGGCGCAGGACACGUAGACGCUCCUAAUGUAACGCUAACUUUCACUUGGAUGGAUGCGUUUCAAACUAGACAGCGCUGUUCGAGCUCUAGCACACAGCUGGAGAAAGCCGGUCUGCUAUUCAAUCUGGCGGUGUGCUAUUGCACGCGGGCCCAUGACCUGGUACUGCCGGAGCCGCUGACCGAGGCCGCACUCAGAGAAGCGUUACAAGGUUUUCAGUGUGCUGCUGGUCUUUUCGCACUCAUUCAGCACAUGUCGCUGGACAGUAUUGGAGCGGACCUCACUCAGGAUCUGCACCAAACGUCGCUGGAUACGCUGAAACUAGUCAUGCUUGGCAAUGCACAACUUUGCACCGUCGAUUUCGCGAUUGCCGAGAAUCGAUCGAGUUCGACGGUGAGCUGCCUGGCAGGUGGUGCUGUCGAGCUGUACGGGCGGGCAGUAGCGAAUGCCGGGACUCGUUACUUCCCCGCCGACUUUAUCGUUGAAUUAGAGCUGCUCCGAGAUUACGCUGAGGCGGUUGCCAUGCAGUACGCUGCAAUGGAACUUGAUGCAGACGGCACCGGGGAUAUCCAACGGCUCAUGGCGAUGCAGGAGGAGGAUUUAGUAGAAAGAGCGCGGCGGUAUUCCGAAGCGGUCGUCAUCGCGGAAAGGCUACUCAAGAGUGAGCUCGUCCGGCGCGAUACACCGUUGCAACGACGCAUCGAAGCUCUUCGCGAUCGAUGUCGUUCCGCCCGCGAGCGCUGUGAACGUGAAAAUGCGGUUGUUUUUCAAGUCGAUUUCAGCAAAAGACGCGCGGAUGACAGAAAUCGUCACUCAGCGCCGUCGCAACUGCGUAGACGCAUCCUGGCAACGACACCUGAUCUACGAGAACUGGCGGCGUCGCUGGGCGAUGGCCAGGCAGCGGAACGCAUGGCCGCCCUGAGUCCCGCUGCGUUUCUUCCGCCGAGUUCACCGCUCUUGGCCCUACAGAAUCUGGUGCCACUCGAAUUCAUCCCAAUGCGAAAUGAUUACGACAAACGGGUCCGCGCUCUGGUCGAGCGAGCAGUAGAGCGGCUGCGGGAAGCGAAUCGCGUUUCAGGCAGCCUGCGAAGAGAGCUGAAUCUCGAAGCGAUCCUCGCGAGUAUUCCGAGAAAAUUCUCUGACCUGCGCGAGACCGAGACACCGGAAGAACUUAACCGUGGAACGGUUGUGCGAUUCAAGGAGUUGCACGCAGAUCUCAACGCGGAAGAAGGUUCCGACCGACUCGCUUCAGAGCUGAUCCGCCAAGCCAAGGAGAAAGUGCGGCGGGCGGAAAUCCUUCUGAGCGCAGAGGCAGCGGAAGACGCGGAGUGGCGCGCUAAACUCCGAGGCCGUGCGCAUCGGCCGGAAUCCGCGGAAGCCCAACAGUCAUACCACGCCGAACUGCAUCUUAUCCAAAUUGAGCUGCAAGCUUGCACAGCCGCGAGGCGCAGUGUGAGCACGCGAGCCCAACAUUGUCAGGAGUCGAGUGUUCGCGACGCCUUGUCCAUUUUGGAACAAAACGGAUCCAACGGGGAGACCACCAGUGCCGCCACUAGUACUGCAACCAUCACCACCAGUGCCCCGGCUCAGUGUGGGUCCAUUUUCGACCAUCGGUCGCGGGUAAUCACCACUGAGCACCCAGUGGCUGUGCAGUUGCACCAUGCUGCAGCGCGACUGGUUGACAUGGAGACACGCAGGGACGCGGUCGCGCGCGAACUAGAACAGCAGCGCUUUUCGGACGACUUUGGGUGCACCCUGCUCGAAGAUCCGCUGCCGGAUGAUGAUUUCCACGCAAGCGCAACCGAAAUUAUCGAGCGAAUCAUCGAACGGCGUUAUGGGGCCCUCAUUCGACGCGCGGAAGAUCUCCUAGGGAGCGUGGCUUCCAGUGCGCGCCACGAACUCAUCAAGGCGGUCGAAGAUCUCAAAAGUCUGCGGGCGGAGAGGGAUCGCGAGCUGGCCGCAGCUGCAGAUUUGGCCGGGCGGGUGCAUCGAGCCAUUGAGGAUAUGCAGGCGCUCAUUCAGGAAAGAAACCGCGUGCGAGAGCGCUGUUCCCGUCUUCUCGAACGAUCCGAAGCAUUACUCGGGAGCGUCGAGGGGUUCUGUGAAGCGCGUCGACUUGAAGUUUCGCUAGGGUCGUCAUGA